CGCUUUAUUUCAUGAGCAAACAUCACACUCACGCUUUCAGACUGAUUGAUUUAACGACUUGAAGAAUAUUAACGCAUUAAGAACACUGUAAUUUGUAAGUAUAAAAUAUUUUUUUAAAAACAAAAAACUAUUAAAAAAUUUUUUUUUUGCUCCGUUUUUUUUACAAAAAAAAAAAAAAAAAUUACAAAUUGUUUUAAAUGCGUAGACAAGCCCAGUUGCUCUCAAUCUCUGCUCUGUGGGACACAUGAGCACUGAUGCUCCGCGAAGCCACUUCAAGAGUUCCGUGGAGAAAAAAAAAAUAAAUUCUAUUUUAAAAUAUUAUUGUAUAGGAUUGUAAUCAGCCAACGUGAAUGACAGUGAACUUUUUUUUUCUCCAUUUGCACAAGUGUGUAUGUAUGUGUAUUUAUGUGUGUUUGUGUGUGUGUGUGUCUGUGUGUGGGUGAGAGAGAGAGAGAGAGAGAGAGAGAGAUCCUGUGUAGCUCACAUUUAUUGAAUUCUGACCAGUCAAGGUGAUUUAUUUGGCUGAUUUCCAGUAGGCUAAUUGAUUUGAUUUUUUGCAUUGAAAAAAAAAAUUACGUGGAUUAUGACGUCACGCUGGUUGGCUCAAGAUUCAUGUUUUAGGCCUUGGAUACCUUUAAAGUUGCCUGGGAAUAGGUACGUCCAUAACAAGCUGGUUGGUUGUGCUAAAGUGGUUCUCGGUUCUUAACUUACUUUAAUACUGCCAAUAUAAGUGUGCAAGUACACGACGAAAAUAUUCUUACAUUGACUGACGAUAUUGGGUGCAGUUUGAGAACUACUUUUACUUUGAAGGAGACAGGUAAGAGAAACAAACACAGAAAUGUUCCCGUCUGUUCAGGAUACCAUCGGGGCAACUAUUUAUUUAACAAUCUAAUAUUUAACAACAACAGAAGAAAAUUUUGACAAAAAUUUGACAUCGUUCAACACUGAACGAUUUCAUUAGAUUUAGAAACCCGUUCGUUUCUUCCGACUUCUCCGACUGAUCCUCUGAAUGAAGAAGAAGAAGUGACGUCACUCUCAUCAGAUCGUGGAUUCAAAUUGAAGUUCAUUGACGAUGCUCCGGAAAAAUAUAUGGAUCCCGGAUAAUGAUGAAUACCCGGGUCUAGCAACAACAACAAGAAAUCACUAAAAACUUGAUUGUUAUUUCCCCACAUUAUAUCUCUUCGAAGCAGGAUUUUCCUAAAUGGAAAAUAUUAAAACAAAGAAACGAGAGAGCAUUGGAAGUUUAGAAGAGGAUAUGCGAGGGACUUUAUCAUUUAUAUUUAUAUUAUAUUGCUGAAAUCUGCAAAGGUCACCAAGGUCAAGUAUCGCAUUAAGUUUUUGGUGUUUUUUUUUUUUGUUUUUUUUUGUGUGUGCUUUUUGUAAGUAUUGUAAUUUAAAGUAUUUUUGUUAAUAAUUGUGUUUGCAUAAAUCAAUAUCGGUAUUUUCAUCUUUUAUAAAGGUAACACGUUUAUACAAGGGUGGCCAAAACUAAACUUAGAUAUUUUUUUAAUUUAAUUUGUGCGGAACACUUACAAUACAACAUAAGCUUUAAGCAGGGCUGGCCAAUCUUUUUUUUUUUUAAAUCAAGGACGCAAUAUCAUCAUGAAAAUAACUGAAUCUUGUAAUGUAAGGAUUCCGUGCAAAAAAAUAAAUUAAUCCAACUUUACUGUCCCUCAACUUCAAAAAGAUUGAGAACCAUUGUACUACGCUAUACGUUAUGACGUAUAGUUUGAUUUCGUUUAACCAAAACAUUGAAAUGUUUGUGUUGCAUGUGUUAACUGUCUAACAGAAGGCGUGCGUUUAUAUAUUAUUAAGUCACGAUUUAAAAAAGACAGGCUUUUAACAGGUUCGUGCUAUUAAAAGGAUGUCGUGUAAAAUGGGAAAGCGUCAUUAAAAGGAUCUAACUAAGAAAGUCAUUGGUGUUAUUCUGAGCUGCGUUUCCAUAAACCUUUUCGUUUCAUUUCUCUCUCGGUGUCCUUGUAAAGAAGAGUGACCCCCACCAUGCGUUCCUCUGCUAUGUUCAUUCUGUGCUGCCGUGCUGUUGCGUUCAGUCUUGUCAGCUGCGCACCAGGCGGGACUCAACCCACCUCGAUCGUCGCACCGAAAACUGGCGUGCACGGAUCCGUCUCGAGAAACAAUGCAUCCAACGAAACAGCUGCCCAGGCUGUGACAAAUGACCCAGUCACCAGUGUCAAUAGUGACAGUAAGAUGGAGGAGAUUAUUCACUCAGUAGUGGACCAAGAUGCUUCUGGUAAAUUUUUGAACUUUGAAUUAAUUUGCAUAUGUUUUUUGUGUUUGUGUGAGCACAUAUGUGUGUGUGUGUGUAUGUGUUUUUUCUGUUUUUUAUUAUUUAUUUUUUUUUUUGCACUUGGGAUUUUGUAACAUCAAAACAACGAAAUCUCAAUCGAUUAGAAAGGUAGUUAAACAUAGCAAAGCCUGGUUUUUUAUGCAUUUCAACUUUUGAUAUAGAAAAAAAAAAUCUUAUGAUGAAAAAAAAUUACAUUGUGACACAUACAAAAAUAAUAAUACAAUCUUCCAACCAGUAACAACCAUAUAUUCUAAUUGAAAUAUUUUUAAAGUGUCAUUUUUAUUUCCCUGUAACUUUUUAAAAUUAUAUUUUGUAUUUGAGCCUUUAUAAAUAGUGACGAUUGUUUCUAAGCGUAAUGAAUAUAUGCUAUUUUUAGCCAAUUCAUCAGUAGGUCAUCCAUGUUAUUGUCACUAACUAUAAACAGUUCAGAUAAUACUCCCAAAGCAAGACUUUGGUUUAAUUCUUUUUUUUUUUCCUUGCUUGCAAUAAUAACACGCUGACCAUUUUAAGAAAAUUCAAAAGAAUUUUUUUUCCUUAACAUUCUCUUUGUACAAGAUUUGGGUGAAAAUGCCUUUGAUAAAUCCAUCAUGUUUUACUUAUUGGGCCAGAAGAUGCUCCCCUUGUCGUAAUGUGUUCCCCCAAAAUUUCUAGCAACUUGAUAAUUUAAUAAUUCCACCAUGUUUAUCCCACGACAUGACCUCGCCAAGCCUCGGACAUGAUGUCACUGCCCAACGACCUCGUCAUCAACGCUCUCAGGUCAAACAUCGAGA